AUAUUUUCAGGAACGAUAACUGUGUCCACUUCCGUAUUUUUUUACAAUUGAAGAAAAAUGGAACUCCAAGAUGUGUUCUACAACAAUGCAGAAUAUAUUGAAACUGCAUCUGGUAAUAAAGUCAGUCGGCAAUCAGUCUUGUGUGGAAGCCAGAAUAUAGUCAUUAAUGGAAAGACAGUUAUAAUGACAGAUUGUGUAAUAAGAGGAGACCUAGCUAAUGUCAGAAUAGGGAGGCAUUGUAUUGUUAGUAGGAAAGCUGUUAUAAGACCUCCAUUUAAAAAGUUUAGCAAAGGUGUGGCAUUUUUCCCUAUUCAUAUUGGAGACAAUGUAUUUAUUGGCGAAGACUCCAUUGUGAAUGCAGCCCAAGUUGGUUCUUUUGUUCAUAUUGGUAAAAAUUGUGUAAUUGGAAGAAGAUGUGUAUUGAAAGAUUGUUGUGCCAUAGCUGACAACACAGUUCUUCCUCCAGAAACUGUUGUUCCCCCUUUCACAGUAUUUUCUGGUUCUCCAGGUAGAUUUACCUCAGAGCUUCCAGAAUGUACCCAAGACCUAAUGGUAGACGUAACCAUGAGCUUUUAUGACCAUUUCAAAUCUAUAGGAGGACCAAAAUCUAAAGACAGGAAAAGGUAACGUUGCUGUAUUCAUAUGAACAAGAAUGGAAAAAUGAAGAAAACUAUGUAGUGCUUGAACUUUAUUUAUUGAAAGAAAGGGUGCUUUA